CCCCUAACAAACAACCCUAACACACAACACUUAUUUUGGCAAAGAAGGAAUAACAACAAGUUGACAUUAUAAAAAUAAACUGAAAAAGCUCUAUCCAUGAAAAAACAGGGGAAAGAGUGAAAAAAAAACAGAGGAAAAUGGAGAAAAUACAGCACAAAACUGUCUCCGUUAAUGGAAUCAAAAUGCACGUAGCUGAAAUCGGUGAAGGUCCAGCAGUUCUAUUUCUACAUGGCUUCCCUGAGUUAUGGUAUUCAUGGCGCCAUCAAUUGCUUUACUUUUCUAACAAAGGUUACAGAGCUAUUGCACCUGAUCUUCGUGGUUACGGAGACACUGAAAUUCCAUCGGAAAUCAGCAGUUAUACUGCUUUUCACAUUGUUGGUGAUUUGAUUUCUCUGUUAGAUAUUCUGGAUCUAGAAAAAGUGUUCUUAAUUGGGCAUGAUUGGGGUGCUCUAAUUGCUUGGUUUUUCUGUUUGUUUCGUCCUGAUCGAAUUAAAGCUUUGGUGAAUCUGAGUUGUGAGUUACGGCCCAGAAAUCCGUCGCGGAAACCGAUUGAUUGCUUGAGGGAAUUGCUUGGUGAUGACUAUUACAUGUGCAGAUUUCAGAAACCUGGGGAAGUGGAAGAGGAAUUUGCUUCAAUUGAUACUGCAAAACUCAUCAUAGGAUUUCUUUCUUCACGUGAUACACGUCCACCUUGCAUUCCCAAAGAGAUUGGCUUUCAUCAGGCCUUUGCUCAGUUACCAGCAACAUUACCUUCAUGGCUAACACAAGAAGAUGUCAAUUAUUAUGCUGAGAAAUUAAACAAAAAUGGCUUCACUGGGGGAUUGAACUACUAUAGAAACAUGGACAUCGAUGCGGAGCUCACAGCCCCAUUUAGUGGAUGCAAAAUUCAAGUCCCAACUAAGUUUGUGGUGGGUGAGUUGGACUUGACGUAUAAUAUUCCUGGAAUCAAGGAGUAUAUACACAAUGGUGGAUUCAAGAAAGAAGUUCCAAGUUUAGAGGAAGUUGUUGUAAUGGAGGGAGCAGCUCACUUCAUCAACCAAGAAAAGCCAGAUCAAAUAAAUGCCCACAUUUAUGAUUUUAUUCAAAAGUUUUAAUCAACCAAUUGGUAGUAUCUUUAAUUAAUUAUUGGGGUUUUUGGCAUAAUUUGAAAUAUACUUUGUUGAAGUUUGUGACAAAUAAGAUGCCUAAACAGAUUUACCGGCCUGAAAUUUGAUUGAUGGAUGAAUAAGUAUUUGUCACUUUGUUAACAA